CAGACGUCGUGGUAUACGCUUGUAUAGUGAUUUAAAGGAGAAGGAUAAUUAUAGAAAAAAUAUUAUUGAAAAAAUUUAUUAAUUAAAAUUCUGUAUAAUAGUGAAAAUGUUAAAAAAAAAUCACAAUGGAUGUCUUAAAAUAAAAAGCAUCUUUUAAACUUUAUAAAAAAAAACAUCACUGAAUAAUAAAUGCACCUGUCUAGAUGUAACAGCACUUGAAAAAUAUUUAAGAAAACUGUAAGCACCAUCACAAUUAAUCGAUAGAUUAAGCACUCAGAAAAAAAAACAGAAAUAUCGCACAAAAUAUAUAGAAAUAAAACCGCCCCAGUCAUAAUAGAAAACGAAAAAAAUAUUGCUUAACUUAUUUUUAAAUCCUUCAUAAUAUUACGGAAAAACAAACUGAAACGAAAAUUCAUUAUCAUCACAAACAACAACCACAACAAAAAUGGCAAAUACAGCACAAUUAUUAAGACGACAAAGCUCCAGGGAUAUUAUAUUAAAAACACAAAAGAGUCUUGAUCAACAUGAAUUAAGAGAGUUACGUGGACGUCUAGUAUCACAACAUAGUACAACGAGCAUAGGCAGUGGACCGCGUAGUCAUCAUCAUGGUCCCCAUCAUCAUCACACCCCCAUGUAUGGGGCAACAAAUCAAGCAUUUAUGUCAGAUGCCUUCGAUGAAUCAUCUGAAUUGGAGGAAACAGAAGCGCAGAGCAGCAGUAAAGCCGUGGCCGAAUUGGUGGCUGCCAUCGAGAGUGCGCCAGCUGAUAUUGUGGAAGGCGAAAAGGAGGGGGAGGAACGUGAAAGUUGGGAUAGUAAAAUAAUGUUUCUACUAGCGACAAUAGGAUAUGCCGUUGGCCUUGGUAAUGUUUGGCGUUUUCCCUACUUAGCCCAGAAGAAUGGUGGUGGAGCAUUCUUAGUGCCCUACUUUAUAAUGUUGUGUAUACAGGGUAUACCAAUAUUUUAUUUAGAAUUGGCUAUUGGCCAACGUUUACGUAAGGGAGCGAUUGGUGUAUGGAGUCAAGUAUCACCGUACUUGGGUGGCAUUGGCCUGUCGUCGGCCGUUGUCAGUUAUAUUGUUGCAUUGUAUUAUAAUACAAUUAUAGCUUGGUGCCUCAUUUACUUGUUGCAUAGUUUUGAAUCCCCACUGCCUUGGGCAGAUUGUCCAACACGUCUCUAUGCCAAUUAUACGUAUGAUCAUGAACCCGAAUGUGUGGCCUCAUCACCCACACAAUACUAUUGGUAUCGCACCACCUUACAAUGUUCGGAAAGUGUCAAUGAACCGGAAAAUUUCAAUUAUCAUAUGGGUAUAGCAUUGAUUGUAUCAUGGUUUCUUGUUUACAUUUGUAUGGUGCAGGGUAUAACAUCAUCGGGUAAAAUUGUCUAUAUGACAGCAAUAUUUCCAUAUGUUGUAUUGAUAAUAUUCUUCUUUCGUGGCAUCACAUUGAAGGGUGCCUCUGAUGGUGUCGCUCAUUUGUUCACACCUCGUUGGGAAACUUUAUUAGAUCCAGUUGUUUGGCUCGAAGCGGGCACGCAAAUUUUCUUUUCUUUGGGUUUAGCUUUUGGUGGUCUCAUCGCCUUUAGCUCUUAUAAUCCGGCUAAUAAUAAUUGUUAUCGUGAUGCCAUUUUGGUGUCUCUAACCAAUUGUGGUACGUCUAUGUUUGCUGGUGUUGUGGUUUUCUCCGUAAUUGGCUUUAAGGCUACGGCGACAUUUGAUCGUUGCACAGAGGAUAGAAAUCAUUUGAUUUCAUUGAAUAAGACAUCAAAUUUACCGGUGUGUGAUUUGGAAAAGGAAUUGGCAAAUAGUGCAUCCGGUACGGGUUUGGCAUUUAUUAUCUUCACAGAAGCCAUUAAUCAAUUUCCGGGAGCACAGUUAUGGGCAGUUCUAUUCUUCUUAAUGUUGUUCACCCUGGGCAUCGAUUCACAAUUUGGUACAUUAGAAGGUGUGGUAACUUCAUUAGUAGACAUGAAACUAUUUCCGAAUUUACCCAAAGAAUGGAUAAUUGGGGCUUUAUGUUUUUCCUGCUGUUUAAUAUCCAUGUCAUUUGCUAAUGGAGCGGGUAGUUAUAUAUUUCAAUUAAUGGACAGUUUUGCGGGAAAUUUUCCUUUAUUGAUUAUUGCUUUAUUUGAAUGUUUAUCGAUUAGUUAUAUUUAUGGUAUAAGAAGAUUUUCCGAUGAUAUAGAAAUGAUGACUGGUUCACGUCCCGGUUUAUAUUGGAUGUUUUGUUGGAAAUAUUUAUCACCUUGUGCCAUGAUUACCAUUUUAACGGCAUCAUUUUAUCAAUUGUUAACCGAAGGCAGUAGUUAUCCCGCUUGGAUAGCAGCCAAAGGUAUGACCGAGAAAAUGGAAUGGCCACAUUGGUGUAUAGUUAUUGCUUUUAUAUUGAUAUUAUCUUCAAUAUUAUGGAUACCUAUUGUGGCUAUAUUAAGAUUAUUCGGCAUUAAGGUGGUAGAAGACUCUGAUCCCGCUUGGUUCCCUGAGGCUGAACUCAAAGAAGUACAUGGCAUUGUACCACAUGAACCCACUGACAUUGAAAGGACAAUAUUUUGUUUCAAUAUGGACGGUACCGAGGGCAUGUGUUGUCCGAAAUAUGGUUUACCUGAGAAAUCUCUAGAGGAAGAAGAUGAAGAGUAAUUGCAAAAGUAAGUGUUCGAUUUUUAAUAAAAUGACAACAAUAACAACAAUUACCUUAGUUAACUUUAAGUUAAUCAAUAGUUUAUAAAACGAAUCUACAUAAAUAUUACACUAUAGGCAAUAUUCGAGAAAGCAAAAACUAAUAGAGACACUACCAAACAAACCCAUGCAUAUUAUUAUUUUAUAUAUAGAAACAUAAAUCUUUGUAAAUACUCCUUAAAUUUAGACAUGAAAUAUUCUUCUGUUAUAUAUUUAUGAUAUGUAUGUAUCUAUCUAUACUAAUUAUAUUUAUUAUAUAAACUUUAUAACAGUGUAUUACAGUUCCAAAUAUGAUUUAUGUUUAAAAAAAAAGUGAAAAAUUCCCAACAAGAAUAAUAUCGCCACCGAUUUUAUUAAGUUUUUUUACAAAUGUUGCAAGUUGUUGUUGAAAUAUAUAUUUUUGAUAACUAGAAAAUUCAGUUAUCAGCUUUCUAUAGAGAGUUAAUAGAACCUUGGAUCUUCUUGUUCAUAUUUGUUUUUUUUAUGAUGUACAGUGGAAUAUAAAAGAAAAGGUGGGAAAUAUAUCUCUAACUUCCAAACGGUUAGUCCGAAGAACAAUGUAGAUAUUACUAUAGACUUAGACAAGACUAGACUAUAGACUAGACUUUGGACUAGACUAUAGACUAGACUAUAGACUA